AAACCUGUUUGUGCACUGUUAUAUACCCCCUCUGUCUUUGGAUUAGUGGAGGAAGGGGACCUGGGAGGAAAAAAACUGAGCACAGAAAUUGAGAUAGGGAAGAGUGUGCAAGUGAGAGAGGGAGGGAGAGGAAGAGAGCUGCGCUGCAGUAGCAUCCCACAGCAGACGGCUGAGGAGUGCUGCUGUGUGUGUGUGACUGCACUACUGAAGAGGAGGAGGAGGAGGCAGAGGGUGAGCAUGCUCACAGACUCUGCAGGGCCACAGAGGAACAACAGUCAGCAGCAGUGCUAGUGUUGGCCCGCAUCAGGUAGGAGACCCAGUGCCCAUUCCCUCUGCAAGACCGGGCACACCAACACCGCAGAGACCCGCACCAACAAUACCACCAACAUGGCACAAGCGGCCAAACAUCUCCGCAAGAACAAGGAUUUAGAAGCCCAGUUGGAGAAGGAAGAGAAGGAGAAGGAGGAAGAGAGGCUGAGAAAGAGGAGUCGCUCCCGGGAUAAAAAGCGCAAGGCCCACGCCGUGCAUCGCUGGCUAAUCGAUCAGGACAGUAGUGUGAGCUCUGAGAUGCCGGAUGGCCAAGGAGUAUGGCACUAUGAUGAUGAAGCAGAUGCUGGCAACAGCUUUCUCCGAGCAGCCCGAUCUGGCAACCUGGACAAGGCCUUGGAACACAUAAAAAAUGGCAUUGAUAUCAAUACAGCCAAUCAGAAUGGGCUCAAUGGGCUGCAUCUGGCCUCCAAAGAAGGCCACGUCAAAAUGGUGCUGGAGCUGCUUCAUAAUGGAAUCACACUGGAGACCACCACAAAGAAAGGGAACACUGCCCUGCACAUUGCAGCCCUGGCAGGGCAGGAACAGGUGGUCACAGAGCUGGUAAACUAUGGGGCCAAUGUCAACGCUCAGUCUCAGAAAGGUUUCACUCCACUCUACAUGGCUGCACAAGAAAACCAUCUAGAGGUUGUGAAGUUUCUUCUGGAGAAUGGAGCCAAUCAGAGCAUUCCAACAGAGGAUGGAUUUACACCGCUCGCCGUGGCUCUUCAGCAGGGGCAUGAGAAUGUUGUUGCUCUGCUCAUCAACUAUGGCACCAAGGGGAAGGUCCGGCUCCCUGCUCUGCACAUUGCAGCACGAAAUGAUGAUACGCGCACAGCCGCGGUGCUUUUGCAAAAUGACCCUAAUCCUGAUGUCCUCAGCAAGACUGGAUUCACACCCCUCCACAUUGCUGCACACUAUGAGAACUUGAACGUGGCACAACUGCUGCUCAAUCGAGGAGCAAAUGUCAACUUCACCCCAAAGAAUGGUAUCACCCCUCUGCACAUUGCUUCCAGACGAGGGAAUGUGAUCAUGGUCCGACUCCUGCUGGAUCGGGGGGCAGAGAUUGAUGCUAAGACCAAGGAUGAGUUGACUCCGUUGCAUUGCGCCGCCAGAAAUGGACAUGUCAGAAUUAUAGAGCUCCUGCUCGACCAUGAGGCUCCAAUCCAGUCAAAGACAAAGAACGGCCUGUCUCCAAUCCACAUGGCAGCACAAGGGGACCACAUGGACUGCGUCAAACAGCUCCUGCAGUACAACGCAGAGAUUGAUGAUAUAACACUGGACCACCUCACCCCGCUGCAUGUGGCAGCACACUGCGGACACCACCGCAUGACCAAAGUACUGCUGGACAAAGGCGCCAAACCCAAUUCGAGGGCUCUGAACGGCUUUACUCCCUUGCACAUUGCCUGUAAAAAGAACCACAUGCGUGUAAUGGACCUCCUGCUCAAACAAUCAGCUUCAAUAGAAGCUGUGACUGAAUCAGGCCUAACCCCCUUACACGUUGCAUCCUUUAUGGGUCACCUUAAUAUUGUGAAGAUCCUCCUGCAGAAGGGAGCUUCUCCCAGUGCCUCUAAUGUGAAAGUAGAGACCCCUCUCCAUAUGGCAUCUCGGGCAGGUCACUAUGAAGUGGCAGAGUUUUUGUUGGAAAAUUCAGCUCCAGUGGAUGCCAAGGCAAAGGAUGAUCAAACACCUCUGCACUGUGCUGCCCGGAUGGGCCACAAAGAGCUGGUGAAGCUUCUGCUUGACCACAAAGCCAAUCCCAACUCCACCACCACAGCUGGACACACGCCUCUGCACAUCGCUGCCCGGGAAGGUCACGCUCAAACUGUGCGUAUCCUCCUGGACAUGGAUGCUCAGCAGACCAAAAUGACUAAAAAAGGCUUCACUCCACUGCAUGUAGCCUCCAAGUAUGGUAAGGUGGAUGUGGCAGAGCUGCUGCUUGAGAGAGGAGCCAACUCUAAUGCAGCCGGAAAGAAUGGUCUGACUCCGCUGCAUGUGGCUGUACAUCACAACAACCUGGAUGUUGUUAACUUGCUUGUUAGCAAAGGAGGGUCACCACAUAGUGCCGCCAGGAAUGGCUACACUGCCCUCCACAUCGCAUCUAAGCAGAACCAGGUGGAGGUGGCCAACAGUUUGCUGCAGUACGGAGCUUCAGCCAACGCUGAGUCACUGCAGGGUGUCACACCUCUCCACCUCGCAUCGCAGGAAGGAAGACCUGACAUGGUUUCGCUGCUCAUCUCCAAACAGGCCAACGUCAAUCUGGGCAACAAGAGUGGAUUAACGCCUUUGCACCUGGUGGCACAGGAGGGGCAUGUAGGCAUUGCUGAUAUUUUAGUGAAGCAAGGAGCUUCAGUCUACGCUGCCACAAGGAUGGGCUACACCCCUCUGCAUGUAGCGUGUCAUUAUGGUAACAUCAAGAUGGUGAAGUUCCUCCUACAGCAACAGGCCAAUGUUAACAGCAAAACGAGGCUUGGUUACACUCCACUGCACCAGGCAGCGCAACAAGGACAUACAGACAUUGUAACAUUAUUGCUGAAACAUGGCGCCCAACCCAAUGAGAUCACCACUCAUGGCAUGUCAGCACUGGCCAUUGCAAAAAGGUUGGGGUACAUCUCUGUGAUCGAUGUCCUGAAGCUCGUCACUGAAGAGACUGUUUCCAUGACGACUACAGAGAAGCAUCGCAUGAGCUUUCCAGAAACUGUGGAUGAGAUGUUAGACGUGUCUGAGGAUGAAGGAAUUGUUCAGCUAACAUUAGGAGAGGAGCUCUUGGGGACAGAAGAGGCCAGGUACAUGAAGAUGGAUGACAUGAAAGACCAUGAUGACGAUUUCCUCUCCCCCAAGAAAUCACUGGAGUACGAGAGAGGGCUGGGCACAGCGAAUUACUCACCGGCCAUUCCCAGGAUUCCUCGUGUCUCCCCGGAGACAGUAAAUCUGAGAGAACAUGAAAUAGAUCAGCAACACACUCCUCUACCACUGCCCAAAGAGUACGACGAGGAUUCACUGAUUCCCAGCAGCCCAGCAACUGAGACAUCUGACAAUGUCAGCCCAGUCGCCAGUCCCAUCCACACAGGGUUCCUGGUCAGUUUUAUGGUGGAUGCUAGAGGCGGUUCAAUGCGAGGCAGCAGGCAUAAUGGUCUGCGUGUCAUCAUACCUCCACGGACGUGUGCGGCACCCACUCGCAUUACCUGCCGCCUGGUGAAGCCGCAGAAGCUGACCAGCCCCCCUCCUCUGGUGGAGGGGGAGGGGCUGGCCAGCAGGGUCAUUUCCCUGGGUCCAGCUGGGAUGCAGUUCCUGGGACCAGUGAUUGUGGAGAUCCCACACUUUGCUGCCCUGGGUCGUGGAGACCGGGAGCUUGUUGUGCUCAGGAGUGAGAAUGGAUCCGUCUGGAAGGAGCAUCGCAACCGCUAUGGUGAUGAGGUGCUGGAAACAAUCCUGAAUGGGAUGGAUGAGGAACUAGAAAGUCAAGAGGAACUCAGCAAGAAGCGAAUCCGCCGCAUCAUCUCUACUGACUUCCCUCUUUACUUUGCUGUUGUGUCGAGAGUCCAACAAGAGAGUGAUCUGAUUGGUCCAGAGGGAGGUUCACUUACCAGUAAACUGGUGCCGAUGGUGCAGGCCACAUUUCCUGAGACAGCAGUUACAAAAAGAGUCCGUCUUGGGCUGCAGGCCCAGCCAGUUCCAGAUGAGUUGGUUGCAAAACUGCUAGGUAAUCAAGCAAACUUUAGCCCAGUAGUGACGGUGGAGCCUCGGCGGCGGAAGUUUCACCGCCCCAUUGGGCUGCGCAUACCCCUGCCUCCGUCCUGGAGGGACAGUCCCCGCGACUCAGGGGAAGGCGACACCACCAGUCUGCGUCUUCUCUGCUCUGUUAUAGGUGGGACAGCCUCAGCCCAAUGGGAAGACAUUACUGGCACUACCAAGCUCCUCUAUGCCAAUGACUGCGCCAGCUUUACCACCAAUGUUUCUGCACGAUUCUGGCUGGCAGAUUGUCCACGGACAGCUGAGGCUGUCUCCUUUGCCAACCUGCUCUACAAAGAGCUAUCAGCUGUACCCUACAUGGCCAAGUUUGUAGUGUUUGCAAAGAUGAACGAGCUGCGCGAGGGCCGUCUGCGCUGCUACUGCAUGACAGACGAUAAGAUGGACAAAACUUUGGAACAGCAUGAGAACUUCACAGAGGUCGCCCGCAGUCGAGACAUAGAGGUAAUGGAGGGAAUGCCACUUCACCUGGAGUGUUCAGGGAAUCUGGUGCCAGUGAGAAAGGCCACACAGCAGCCUCGCUGUUUUAGUUUCCAAGCUUUCAGGGACAACAGGCUUCCAGUCUCUAUUAAGGUGCGAGAUAGCAGUAAAGAACCUGCUGGAUUUUUAUCUUUCCUACGCAAGUCCACCAAAUAUGAGGACAGCCAACAAGUUCUCUGCAACCUUAAUAUCACUAUGCCUCCAUGUAUCAAGAUCAUUGGUAGUGAAGAUAGGAGGCGAACUCUGACCCCGCUGGCUUUAAGAGAAAGAUACAGUGCCCUUAAUGAGCCCGCUAUGGCAUCAAUGAGUGCAAUGGAAAGGACAGAGCUGAAGAUGGCUGUGAUUGCAGAGCAGUUGGGACUGAGUUGGGCUGAGUUGGCACGUGAGCUACAGCUAAGUGUGGACGACAUUAAUAGGAUUCGUGUUGAGAAUCCAAACUCCCUCCUUGAACAGAGCUCUGCCCUGCUCAACUUGUGGGCAACUCGUGAAGGCAAAAGGGCCAAAAUGGAGAGCUUAUACACAGCUCUGAAGAAUAUUGACCGAAUGGACAUCAUCAACAUGUUGGAGGGCCAACCGCCCCAGCCUAUGAGACAAGGCUGCCAUGAUCUGAACAGACGCCGACACAACGACAGAGACCACCUCCCCUCUGGUAUGACCAAUGGUUAUGGGGUUACGCAGGAGGAGCUCCAUUCGCCGGCUUCCAUGCAGUACAGCCUGCCUUCUCCACUGGGUGCCGAGCCUUACUGGCAGGAAGUGUCUAGUCUGGACUGUGCACCAAUUGCCACCACAGAAGAAGACACCCUAAUGGAGAUGUCCGAUGUUCAGGUUUGGCCCUCAGGCAACAGCCCCUCCUUGGUUCCUGUGGAGGACUCUUCGCUGGAGUGCAGCAAUGCUGAUGACUCGGAAGGUCUACUGGGGCUGCCGUACGGGAGUUUGGGCAGACAGGCCAGCCAGGCUAGCGCUGCCAGCGCAGGGGGUGUUGUGCUGAGUGGUUCCAUUGAGCUGCCAGAGGAUGAUUCAGAGAUGGGAGUGGAUUCUCUCAGCACAACCACACCAGCAUCACUUGGGGGAACCAUUGCAGGGAUCAAUCUCGAUGGGCUUCACAACGGUCAGGGGUCAGAGGCAAGCUCAGAGUUAUCAGCCAUCACAAGUACGACUGGUGGUGAUGGAGCUGAAGGAGGAGGACGACGACUAGGUGGAACUGGCUUAGAGGAAGGACAUUCUCUUGUUUCAGGACAACAAAGAGUGUAUGCCCGGUUGAGUGAGUCACCUGGUCUCAGCUGUGUUGCAGAUCGGAAUGGAGACAGGUCAGGUAAUGGCGGAAAUGGAAGUGGAGGAGGCUCUUUCCUUUCUUACCUGCAGGAACAGACUGGUUCGGGGUGGAUGCCUGUCAAUGACCCAACACAGGCUUGGGUGGGCACCCAGUCUAAGCCCAGGCAGGCCAUGGAGACUAUGAUUUCAUCUGUGCGUAAUGCUGUGGAUGGAGACCCGUCCCUAAUGUCCCAGGAGGCCUUGCUUCAACCCGUGAGGGACAUGGGCCACUCUGAGAUUUUACGAGGCCACUUCAGAGGUACCCAGCCUUUUGAGAAGGGUCUGGGAUUCCCGCACAGGGUACCAGAACUGAGAGCCUGGGAAGAUGUGGGCCUAAAGGGCCAGGGUGACGAGGUUGAAGACCUUCCUGGGGGGCAAGUAAGUGAGGAACAGUUCACGGAUGAACAUGGAAACAUCGUCACAAAGAAGAUUGUACGGAAAGUUGUGCGCAGAGGGAAAGGUAUGGGAGACGAAGGGGUUCUGGAAGUGGAGGGCUCCCUGCUGGAUGCCAAUGAGCUUGAGGGCGAUGCCGAGCAGUACCUGAGCUACGCCAUCCUGGGCCAUGACAGCAGCAAGCCCGAUUCUGUGGAUGUGAAGAAAGGUGCUCAGAUAGUGAAAUGUGCCAGUCUGCGGAGAGUUAAGCAAUGAGGCAGACAGAGUGCUGCGUCCCUGCAGAUUUCUCCACAGGAUUCAACCCCUUCACCGAAACCAUCCUACAUGGACACAUGACCAGCAGCAGCUGUCAGGCGGAAGACCACACAGGGACUGGCCAACAAACGAUAACGAAAUCCCCCUCCAAAACAAUGACAUUGCUGACUUUCAACACGCUCCAGAAAAAAAUACCUACUUGUAGUUUUACUUUAAAUCUUUAUUUUUAAGAAAUUUUGGGGAUAAGGAAAACAAAUACUACUAGGCUAGAAGCAUGAUUUCAUAUAAAAACAAAACCAAACACAAGCAAAAAAAAAAAAAAGAAACGCAAGCAACAUGUUUCCAGUUAUCUGUAUCAGCAUGAGUGAUUGCUGCUGCAUGGCCUGUCUUUAACUACAAAUACAGAGGGGGACACAGGGGUGGGUAAAAGGGGUGGGAUGGGACAGGCAUGCGAUGUUCUUUCAAUCACUGGCCCGUUUUCUAAAUUAACCAGGAAUCUGUUUAUCAGCCAGAGAAAAAAAGAGACCACAAACUCAUAUUACACUCUUCCACAACACACAGACCAGUUUUAAUUCUCUUUCAGUGCUCUCUGAGCCUGCUAAAGCUCCUCUUACCACCCAAGAAUAUCAGUGUUGUACAUAAUAUUGUAUGCACUCAAAUGCUCUAUGUGACAGCGUGUUACAUGUGUUGUUUAUGUUCUCUAAGAUCUCUAUGCGAUGCCACUGAUGCUGCUUUCAUGUACAAAAGAGAUUCCUUCCAGUUUUUCUUGUUAGAUCUGUUCUAUCUGAGCCUAUAUAUCAGUCUAUAUAUCCUGAGGUCUUUGUGGGUACAAGAACAUGCAAACAUUAUGUCGCUCAGCCUGUUUUAAUUUAGUUUAUGCUCAUUUUUCUGCAUCUCUCACUUCCUUCCAUUACUUAAACAUGUCAGACUGCAGAGGGGAGGACUUCUCUCUCUUCCAUCAGUUACUGUAUUAUGAUUCUUUUCCAUCUUUAGCAGGCAGUUUUAAAGCCUUCUCUUUGUGCAUAAGGCAACGAUUUAAGUGAAAGAUUACCAGGAGACUAAACUCUAUCUUUUGUUUUGUCCACUCUAGUUUGUAAUAAGUUGUCUCACCUCUGCAGUCACCCUCUCAAAGCACAUGUAGCAGUCCUGUCCUCCUUCAUGGGGAGGGGGAGGGUCCCACCUUAUGCUCGCAGGUGCGUCCAGUAAAUCCUGCAGUAUUUGACCCCACCACACACACACACACACCGUGCCCUUACAGAUCCCCCGUUCACCACCAGAAGAUGUCACUAGAUGAGGUAGCUUACACACUGGUAAUGUAGCAUUGGUCUGACUGGGCAGGCAGGGGAGCAUCACGUCACAGGUCGAGGUCGUGUUGAGCUCUGAUGUUUGUCCUUUUGAUGGCUACUUGGAGUGUAGCAAAGGCAGUCAGUCACCGAUCACUGUGAUGAGAAACUGUAAAACUGACCCAUAACUGUGAGCCUGGCUCCCACUCGUCUCCAAGCAUUUUGACAACAUCCUUUGUUGUAAUUAUUCACUGUAUUUCACCUUUAUUUAUGUAAUAUUCAGAAGAAGCAAUAACUGCUAACAAAAAGAGUUAUUUAUGUUUGUGUGUGUGCGUGUGUGUGUGUGCGUGUGUGUGUGUGUGUGUGUGUGUGCGUGUGUGUGUGUGAAAGAGAGAGAGAGAGAGAGAGAGAGAGAGAAAAGAAUGACAAUUUUAAGAUCACAUGUCACGGUCUUCCUAAACUUGGGAUUUUAGCGUGUUUAGCGCAGUUUUAUAGUAUUCAGAUAUUAUGUCAGUAGUUUAUGGUCCCACAUUUGAAUAUGUUGCUUCAUAUAAUCGAUCACAAAACAAUGUUUAUGUUGGUGUGACUUCAUAUCAUAAAUCCAGUGACGGUUUUUGCAUAAAUGGCAUAAAAUAGACGAAAAAUUGCACAAAUCAGAGAAUAUGUGGUCAAUGUAGAAUAAUUCUUGUUUAAUCCGACUUUGUAGUUUCAUUUUCUACCUUGUCUCAAUCUGUGGUGGUUCUUAUUGCAAAAGAAUUAAGCAUUAUAAAUGCUCUUUUUAUGUUGCACAUAUAGAUUGAAAUAUCAUAAAUCUACAACUCUGUUUUAAAUGAUUUCUAUUCAGUGCAGAAUUAUUCAGUUUAGGUUCAACAGCCAAAGUUUUUUAAUAUUUUGAAUAAAUGAUGAAAACAUGUGGUACAGAUUCUUUAAAUAAGAGUAAAAUACGAAUAGCUGAGCUGUUUACAACUCAGACACCAACUUCAUCAUCUUAAGCCUCCUGCAUUGUAUGGCUGGUUUUUUUUUCGUACAAUUUUACACUCUGAUAACAUAACGGGCCACACUCUCUCUAUUGACAUGUCAAAAAAGCAAAAACCGCCGCUGCAUGAAUCUCAUCUGCAAAGACCUUAGUGUUUGAUUUUGUUUUUCAUUGGAAAAUUUAGGUGUUUUCAAGCAGUUUUUAAACCUUAAAGACAUUCAUGUGCAUUUCAA